GAAGUUACGAAUUUGGUUAGUGUUGGAAUAUGACCACAAUUGUUGCUGGGGAAGAUGCCCCUAGAAUCAAAGUAAGCUCAUAUUUUCUUCUUUUUAAUAUUGCAAUGAUAGGAGCCGAUGUGAAAAGAAGGAAUGCACAUGGGGACACCUGCCUCCAUCUUGUGGUGUUUGCAACAUCUGGUUCAAGACAUCCAACCAAACGCCUCGUUGAAAUUCUACUCAAAAGUGGGGCAGAUGCGAAUGGGCAGAACACUAAAGGGGAUACCCCCUUACACAUUGCAGCCAUGACCAAUGAUCCAGAUAUGAUUCAGCUUUUAUUGCUCUAUGGAGCCAAUCCAUCAAUCAGCACCUUUGAUGGUAUCCUACCGAUUCAUAUUGCAGCAAAUGCAGGUUAG